UCACAUCAGUUCCCAUUGACCAUCCUUGGAGAUCUGUGCGCCAGCGCAGUUCUAGUACGCAUUUUCCAGUGAUUUCAACGCAUAUCUUUGCGUAAAAAUGGUUGAGGUUGUAAAAACUGGUCCCUUCAAUAGGAAACCUAUGGAUAAAAGAUUUGUAAAACAGGCUGUAGGGUUUAACCGAGCUCCUGACUAUUGGACUCCAAUGGACCUUCAGAACAAUGAAUGCAAGAUUAUGGAGGUUAAGAAGUAUUCCGCUCAUUACUUUGACAUAGAUGCUAGGUUUCGCAGACCCGGUUUAGAACUGAUCAGUGCUUAUGUUGUACAGAAUCCGUUCCUCUGGGGUCAGUACAUGCUUCGCAGAGAGCAGAUGAAGAUGCAAUUGAAAGAUGCGAAGAAGAUUCCAAAGGAGAAAGAACUUUUUUACGCAACAGAUUUUACAAGGUUCGAACAGAUAUUGAGACUUAAUUUUGAUCCAAGGCUUGAACCUGAUACAGUGAGAGGAGUUGGAUUUUUUACUGAAGCUUUGGCUGCAAACCAAAGCUUUGGAGAUACGAAGAACGUAAAGCUGAUGUUCAUGACUAAGGUACUUAUAGGAACCUGCCUACUAAGUGCUGAGGAUGGAGCAACUGCAACUUCGGAGCAAAUUCACCUCUCAAGUAAAACUGAGCUCCCAAUCGAUACUUUGAGGCACCCAAAAACUAACCUAUUUUAUAAGUAUAACAUGAGCGAAGUGUACCCAGACAUACUUCUAGUUUACAGGGAUAAACAGAUACCUCUGGAUACUAGGUCCUGCAAACUAAAAGUCAAGUUUGUCAAGAAAGGGUUGAGGUCAGGAACUCGGUACAACCCGGACGAGGUCAAACCGCAGAAUGAAGGAGAUGAUCAGGAACAGUCUCAAGUACAGAUUGUAUUGGGUGUACAUGGAGUAGAAGAUAUUGCUCUGCUAUCUGAAGAGGAAGCGCAAGCAAUAUCAAAAAGAGCUAAGCUGGCUCCAGAGAAAGGAGGAGCAAGAAGGAAAAUAUCGGAGUUCUUCAGGAAAACUUCCAUUGACAGAAAGGUAUCCAGGGUUUCUGCAACUAUUAAUAGAAAGAUCAGUGCUACCCUCAACUAACCUUGCCAACGUUAAGAGUCGAAAAUAAAACAUUUAAAUCAGAUUGAAGAAGUACGUUAUAGUAAAAUCAUUAAAGAUUUUUAUAUUUUUAUUGAAGUUGUCACAUUCUUUCUUUUUAUUAAAAAUGUGGCUAAAGAUUUAAAUGU